AUGUCACAAAAGAAUUUGAUGUAUGUUACAUUAUGGCUUUUAGUUCAAUUAUUAGUAGUUGAAAUAAAUUGUCAAAUGUCUGCCCCCUAUAAGCCGAAGACACGAGAGAAACAUACUGCAACGCUUAUUGACAAUAAAUUAUAUAUUUUAAGUGGCCGUGAGAAUAAUCGUAUUGAUGUUGGAAAAGAUUUUUUUUAUCUUGAAAUACCUGACAAAUUUAAUACUCAAAAUUUAAUAUGGAAAGAUUUAUCAAAUAUUGAUAUUCUUCCUCCACAUUAUGGUGCUGCGGCUGUAAAAGGUGGUGUAGAUAAUAAUACGUUAAUCUUAUACGGAGGAACCAAUGAUACUGGUGCAAUGGAUUUGGUUUAUACUUAUAGUUUGCAAAGUAAUUCAUGGAGUAUUCCAAAAAUAACCGGUGAUGACAAUCUUAUUACUAUUAGAAAGGAAAGCUUAUCUGGAAUUGUAGACAAUAAGGGGAAAAUGUAUUUAUGGGCUGGAAGUGACGAUGUUAGUAAAAAGUUUCAUUAUGUAAAUAAUAUGCUUAUUUUAGAUACAAUAAAUCUUAACAUGGGAAAGGGAAGUUCAAUUGGAGCACCAUCUGGAAGGUCCUUAUAUGGUGCCACUUUAUUGUCUGAUAAUACCAUAAUAUAUAUGGGUGGUCAUACUGAUAUUGAACAACUAUUAACAUUGAAUCCGGUCUAUUUAUAUAAUACAAUUAAUGAUAGUUGGAGCACAAAAACAACUUCAGGAAAAAUACCUUCUGGUAGGGUUGGUCUUUCUGUUGUUCCUGGAUUGGAUGAUAAAAGAGUAAUAAUUUUUGGGGGUACUCCAUUUACUACGGAUUAUGCUGAUCUUACACCCGAAGAUUCAAUUUAUGAAUUAAGUUUAGAUAAUUUUGAAUGGAGGAUUCCAAAAACUUCUGGACAAAUUCCGAAAAGUCGGAUGUUUCAUAAAGCGAAUGUAAUUGGAAAAUAUAUGGUUAUAUCGUUUGGAAGGGGUCCAUCACUUGAAAGUGAUAUUUUAUUACUUGAUAUUAGUAAUAAUGAUGAAUAUAUAUGGACGAAUGAAUUUGAUUCUUCUUCACUACCUACUUCACCUGCUCCCCCACCAUCAUCAGAUACAACAUCAAAGCCAAAAGUACCAUCUUCAGAACCACCAUCAACAUCAUCGUCAUCAGGCGUAGUACCACCUUCAUCAUCAUCACGAACUGUUAUGAUUGGUGCAAUUGUAGGAUCUUUAUUCGGUGGUGCUGCAUUAUCCUUUAUAGGUUUUUUUUUAUAUAAAUGGAAUAAAAAUAGAAAUGCUAGAAAUUACUAUAAUAAUGAUGAAUAUCACGGGCACGAAAUAGUGCAACCACCCAACGAUACAACUAAUCAUCAGCCAAGAAGUGCUCCAUCUUCGGACCAUCAGCCAAGAGGUACUCCAGCUUCGAUAAUUAUCAAGGGUGGACAGAAAUCUGCUAAUGAUAAAAAGUUAACAUUACGAGAACUUCAACAAGAGAUUCAAGAUUUAAAACAAAUAAUUACACAAGGCAAUAAACAAUCUACUAGUUCUAUAAGAAAUAAUUAA